AUGUCUUCUGCCGUCUCACACCAGGACGGGUCUGCAGCGCUGCGACCACGUGCGGUUCCUGAGACAAAGAAAGCCGACGACUUGCUCUCCGCACAAUUGGACAGGGCAGACACCGAUGGCCGCUCAACCCCCGUCCCUGAAGAUGCGCCCCCGUCCGCGCGUUCCAUAUGGACGGCGAGGAAACAAGCCAGGGCUCGCAAUCGGCUCUUCUAUACUAUCAAUUAUGUCCCCCGCGUAUCACACUUCGACCCGCGAAGCAACUAUCAUAAUUUCCGAGGCUUCUUCACCCUCUUCUGGAUUGGUCUGUUCAUCAUGGUGGUUACAACCGUGCUGCGCAAUAUCAAGGAUACCGGUUACCCUUUGCGAGUGAGGGUAUGGAGCCUAUUAACGGAGAAUGUAUGGUCCAUGGGCUUUAGCGAUAUCGCGAUGGUAUGCACGAGUGGAAUGGUUAUCCCACUCCAUCAUUUGUCCAGGACCAAGGGCCUCUUUCGCUGGGAAAGAGGCGGCAUUGUUCUACAGAGUAUUUUCGAAGCAGUUUGGCUCGCAGUGUGGAUCGAGUGGCCAUUUAUGCUGCGCUGGACGUGGACUGCGCAGGUCUUCUUCACUCUACACACUCUCACUAUUCUUAUGAAGAUCCACUCCUAUGCCUUCUACAACGGACACCUUAGCGCGGCCGAGCGCCGACUUUCGUCCCUCGACAACCCUAGCUCGCAGUCAACGGAUGCAGCCGUUCGUCGGUAUCCCGAGCUUUCGUCGCCCCAGCAGCCAGUGCGCCGUGCCAGUACCCAUAAGCGGUCGAAUUCAAUUGUGGAAUUACGCGACGACUUAGCUACUGAGUUGACAUCGCCGAUGGGAAAUGUCACAUAUCCGCAGAACUUAACGCUCUACAACUACAUCGAUUUCCUAUUCUGCCCUACUCUAUGCUAUGAGCUAGAGUAUCCUCGGAGCAAAGAGAGAUCGUGGAUGGAGGUCGGGCUGAAGGCUCUUGCAGUAUUUGGGUGUAUCUUUCUUCUGACACUUGUGAGCGAGGAGUUUAUAUUGCCAGUUCUCGCGGAGGCCGGCGGUCGCCUGCAUUCUUCGAAUAACUUCGCGGAGAUGGCCCUCGCCAUGGCGGAAGCAAUCAGCAUGCUUCUGUUUCCGUUCAUGAUUACUUUCCUACUUGUGUUUCUCGUCAUCUUCGAGUAUCUCUUGGGUGCAUUUGCUGAAAUCACUUGUUUCGCCGACCGCCACUUCUACUCUGACUGGUGGAAUUCCUGCGAUUGGCUCGAAUUCUCUCGCGAGUGGAACAUCCCCGUCCAUCAUUUCCUCCGUCGUCACGUUUACUACUCCUCGCUAUCCCAUUUCUCUCAGCCCGUCGCCAUGUUCAUCACCUUCCUCGUCAGCUCCAUCUUCCACGAACUCGUAAUGAGCUGCAUCACCAAGAAGUUGCGCGGGUACGGGUUCCUUGCCAUGAUGCUCCAGCUUCCAAUCAUCGCAAUUCAGAAGUCCAAGUACUUCCGCCACAAGACGACCCUAAACAAUGUCUUCUUCUGGCUUUCAAUGAUCUUCGGUCUUUCACUAAUGUGUACAUUAUACGUACUUGUCUAG